CUGAAACGCGAGGAAGUGAAGGCGACUCAAUUGGGUAUAAAGAAUCAAGCAACAUCUGCCUCGAGGAGUGCAAAGCUGAUGAAAACAUCAGCUUGGAGCUCAUGCGCGACCUCUCCGAUUUAUUUUAUUUCCCUUGGAUCUAUUGCUGGAGUCGGUGCACCCUGGGACGCGCAUCUGUUUGCAACACUUAAAGUGAAUGUGUGUUAGCAACCAUCAGUACUCUGGAGUUGCCUGAAAUCCGCAGAUAUUCUUGCGCACCUGUUACCUCCACGGAGCAGCAGAUCAUGAUCCCUCCUGGAGACUGCAUGUAUGCGGGCAGAAAGAGGAGGAAGCCCAUUCAAAAACAGAAGCCGUCCUCGUCCAACGAGAAAACCAACCCGUCCAAGCGACACCGGGACAGGCUGAAUGCAGAAUUGGACCGGCUGGCCAGCCUGCUGCCGUUCCCCCCUGACGUCAUCUCUAAACUGGACAAGCUUUCCGUGCUGCGCCUUGCAGUCUCCUACCUCCGUGUCAAGAGUUUCUUCCAAGCUAAUCAAGAGAAGAGCUCCAGGAAGCACAGCAUCAGCACCGCAUCCUCCAACCCUGAUCCCAGGAAAGAGAGCCUUCCACUGGGCAUCGCCGUCAGCGAGAGCAGCCUCCUUCUGGAAUCUCUGACAGGCUUUGCCUUGGUGGUCAGCAGUGAGGGGAUGGUGUUUUAUGCUUCCUCAACCAUCGUGGACUAUCUGGGAUUUCAUCAGACGGAUGUGAUGCACCAAAACGUGUUUGACUACAUCCACAUAGACGACCGGCAGGAGUUCAGGCGUCAGCUCCACUGGGCCAUGUGUCCUCUGCAGCAUCAGGGGACGUCUGCGCAGCAGGACGGCCAACUCGCCGCGGGAAACGGUGAGGACUUCGUAGGGAGCAGCCUGAUAAAUUCUCCGGAGGCCGGGGAAAUUCCUGCCGAGCUCUCCUGCUUUCUCAACAGAUGUUUCAUAGCCAGAGUCCGAUGUCUCCUGGACAGCACCUCUGGAUUCUUGACGAUGCAGUUCCAGGGUCGACUAAAGUUCCUCCAAGGGCAGAAGAAGAAGUCAACGUCUGGGGUGCAAGUGCCUCCCCAGCUGGCUCUGUUCUGCGUAGCCGUGCCUCUUUUACUGCCCUCCAUCGCCGAGAUGAAAGUGAAGAACAUUUUAAUGCGGGGAAAGAACAAGGGAGGAGGGAUUAUCUCUGCAGUGGAGCAUGGCAGUGAACACGGGGAACCCCUCCGGAGACACUCCUGCAGUGGCGGUGCAGGCGACAUGGGAGACCCUCUCCUCCUGCCCUGCCCCACCCCCGGCGCUACCCAGCGAGGUCACCACGCCCCCUGGACCCCGCUCUGCAAGGACAACCUCAAGUACUGCCCCGACGGAUACUUCAACCAGGAGGAGCCCCUCAACUACUGCAAGUCCUCCAUGGGCCCCCACAAAGGCCUGGGCACGGGCCUGGGCGGCGGCUGGCCCCUGCGCCAGAACUCGGGCCCCGUCAGAGCGGGUCCGGGGAUGGGCUACGGCCCUUCCAACCGCUUGAACAGGACCGGGCAGUACGGGAAGCCUUACCGCCUGUCUCCGAGCUGCCACAACGGCAGGGGCGGGGAGGUUUUCAUCUCAAAGCUGUACGAGAACGUGCACAUGCCCGCGGACCCCGACGCUUUCUGCGUGGACCCGGUCAAGAGCGAGAACGGCUACGGGGAGUGCUACAACGGCCACCUGAUGCCCGAGAUGCCCCCCAUCAAGGUGGAGCACGACUCCGACUCCGAGAACGGAUGCGACACCUGGGUUUGCCGGGACCAAGUGGGGAUCGACCGUCACUACGGCAACGGGGUGUACGACUCCAGCUCCGGCCUGCAACUGAAACUGGAGUCGGAUUACUACGAUCCGCAGUACUCGCCCUGCCAGCGGGGGAAAGCGGGGAUCAGCCCCCCGUACAACAACGGCAGCUAUCAGAACUACGCAGUCAACAACGGCGGGAGCACCAACGCGCGCCUUUUAAAAUGUGACAAAGAGCUGGGCGGCGGCAACAACAACCAGCUUAGUCCGCAGAGACUCUCCCACACGGACUCUCUAUGCAACAACCAGUCCGGUGUCGGCGUCAUGGACUCGCACAUGUACUCUCAGAACCCACACAAGGCCUACAUGCAGCCCGACUACAACAAGCACGGCACUUACGAGUUCAAGGGCCACGGCCUGAUCCAUUCAAUCAAGCGGGAGCCCAUGGACUCCCCCCCCUGGUCUGAGAGCACGCAUGACAUGAACCACUCCAUGAUGGUCGGCCCCAGGAACGCUAUGUCGUGUGUGAUGAGCACAGGGCACCAGAAGUCCAGUCCCUACAUUUACAUGCAAUAAGAGGGGCCGCUGCAUCGCCCACACACAAACUCAGCGGUAGAUGCUUCCCUGCAGGGGUUAAAUUGGGCCUCGUGGGCUCAGCCACCACCGGCUCGUGAUUUGUUGUAAUGAGACGUUUUACUUCACAUUAUCUUUCAACAAUAUUUAUUUUGAUACCUGUCUCAGGCUUUAAAUGUCAUGAAAAGCCAACAUUUUUCCAACCAGACUCAAACUCUUCCAGCUCCGCGUCGGCACUCGUCAAAGCAGAACAAAGCGAGAAAAAACCUGAGGAACAAGAUCUUAUUUCACUUUCUAUCCCCGGUGGUGACGUUUUUAAAGCGCACAAGAAUAUCCACGCGUCAACACAAUCCACUUUGUCUGUAAAGUAGCGUUACAUGUCAGAUCCCCGACCUCAGUCGCCGGGUCUUCAGUCGUACGUGGGAGACGGACCGCAGGCAGCUGCAUGGGAAAAGGCAGAUAGAGAAAAACAGUGCUACAGUUUCAUAAGGAUGAUAAUGAAAAGAUAAGAAAGUAACCGUAACAAGGUAGCUGGCGAGCUCAAGGUCGUCUUCAGGCGUCAGGACAUUUGUAGUUUGAGAAAGAUCUCAGAGUAAAUUGCGUCAGUAUAUAUAUAUUCAUGUUUGACAGAUUCUUAACUAUAUUCAUAACUAAUGAAAACAUUAUCUCGCAGUUCUUUUUUGCUUCCCUCUCAUAGGAACAAAACUAUAUAAUAUUUUCUAAUUUCCUUUAAACAUAUGUCGCACACGUGCAGAAAUGAUUCAAGUCUUUUAUGAUGUUUUCAGUUUUCAAAGGUUGUAAAUAAAUGGUGACUGAAUUUUUUACUGGACUCUGAAGAGUAAUGGGAAGCUGUGGAUAUUUAAAAUGGUUUAUUUUGUAAUAUUCUAAGAUAUAAGUCGAUUCCAGUUUAAUGUAAGUGUUUAAAAACAGUUGUAAUCACUCGACCUCAAGAUUUAUCUUCAGGUCGGAGGGACGAGCCAUCCACCCCCUAACAAAUCCCAAUUUAACCCCUGCUCACCCGGGCCCCGAACCUCCCUCCACACGCACAAUCACAGCACGCACAAACACAUCAGUACGCACUUCUCUCCGGAGUUUCCACUCACAUGUACCUGCGUUACAGGAGAAGAGAUGAUGAUGAGGAUUCCCAGGAUAUCAAUCACUUCCUCUGUCUGAUGAAGAGGUUUCAAACAAGGCUCAGGUUCAAAUAUCAGUGUUGUGACAAUCAGUAAUAAUAUUAUUUCAGUCCAGUUUACGGAUAGAUGAUUUUAUUUUUGAGGUACACGCUUUGUAGAUGGUUCCAAGCACUUUUGGAUUUAGUGACAAUGAGGAAAAAGUACAUCAAGAAACACAAUUUUAUUUUGUUUUUUUUCUUUACAUUAAUGCAACUUUUUUGUGACAAAAACAAAGAUUUAGCUGUAAAAAGAUGGGUUUUCUUUAUGCUGUUCUUUUUUUUUUUUUUUUUUUUUACUUUGUUGACAGGACAUGACUUCCAACUACUGCUGCAUGUUUUAAAAGUGAGAUGGAUGAUGAUGAUGAGAAUGAGAAUAUGCUUAGCAGUUAGUGGAAACCAUUUAAAGAAUAACUCAUUUUGGAUUUCUUUUUUUCUGCUGUUUCCAGGAAGCAUUGGAUAUUAUGUUCAAAGUAAAAAAAACAGGGUGCAAAGAUUUGUGAGCCAUUUGAACCAAAUACGUGAUUGAAGGAUAAUGAGAGAACCAAAAUAUUAAAUCUUGAACCGCUGCAUCUUCUUGAACAGGAGAAACAUCCGAAAAGUUGUAUAAUGCUUGAAAAACACUGCAGUUGAGCCGACUGCCUGCACAUUGACUUGAAAAUUGACUGAUCAAGUUCUCUGCCACAUUAACAAGAAGAUAAAAAGCUUUUUUUGUGUGUUACGAGGCACAUCAUGAAUAAAAUCAGCCAGCCCUGUAUGUCAGGGAUGAGGCUAAAAUUCAUUACAGAAUAAUCUUGUGUAAAGUGCAACAUAUGCUCAGGAAAGAAAGCAUUGUCAUUAAAAACUUUACCAACAAAAGCAGAAACUCAGAGAAGUCACAUUAAUGACCUGUUGUUAAAAUAUGUAAUUAAAUAUAGGUUUUAAAUGAUUCACUCAUCAUUGCAUCCUGUUUUUACAGUAUGCACAUGUUAUAGUGUUACGUUUUUGGAAACAGGGUUGUAUAAACACUUUUUCUAUCUUACUGCCUGCAGUGAUGUGUGAAUGGAAACUGCUGGUUUCUGUGUAUUAUAGAAUUGAAACAAAUCAACUUGCGGAAACUUGAAACUUGCUUGUUAUACAUUACAGUAAACUGUAUCGUUUGGUUCGUGUCGAGGAUAACACAUUGAAAAUGCGUGAAAUGCAAUCAUUAAUGCGUUCAAGGACACCUUUAUUGCACAAAGCACUUAAAUUCACAUGAUCUUUUUCUCCCAGCAUGGCAAUUAUUAGUGUUUGUGUCCCAAGGUUGCGUCUCUUCACAGCAGUUUUUAUUACAGUGCUUUUGUGGAAACAUCUUUGAGAAUUAUCCCCGUUUGCUGCAGAAUCAUUUGCAAAAUGUAACGACAGAACGCGUAAGACGAUUGAAGGGGCAGAUCACUCUUUUAGUGUCUUUAUUAUUUUAUAUUGGUUUAGGUAUCCAGAUUAAGUUAUUAUGAGAAGUGAGCACUAUUUGAAAAAACAAACAAAUCCCACUAGAGUCACCCUUUGCAACUCUGGACCUAAUAUGAAGUUUGGAGGAAAUUCUGCAUCAUUGUUCUCCAUCAAUCAUCGGUUGAAGGCUUCCUCAGAUCAGAUUAAAGUGACAUUUUGAAGAUUUCUAGUUAUGAAGUUCAACUUUUAUUUCUCUUUUUACGAGUACCAUCAAUUCAACUUUAUGUCAGAGAUGAUUUCAUGUCUGAGCUGAUAUUGUACAGUUUAGAUUAAACAGCAUCUUCUUUGAACUCAAUAUUGACUUUUCAUGCUUUCUUUUCAGCCCCAAACCAUCCAACUUUGUCUUCACUUCAGUAUUUUUGCACAAUUAAAAGCACCAAAUGGAUUCAUCAUUAAGUCUCAGUUCUGUGAAGCUGCCGUUGUAGUUUCUGAUUUGCACUACUGGGAAAUGUUCAGCUGAAGUUAUACGUACCCAGACAGGUUUUUGAGUCAACACGCACAACUGUACACAGUGUCUCUGUUAUAAAUGUAUCUUUUUUUUCUCUCUCUUUGUGUGUGCUCAUGUUAAUAAAUGUUUAAUGAUUUGUAUUUAUUGUAAGAUGCAUAAGUGUAUAAUUUAAAAAAAAAAAUACAGUUUUGAAGGCUUCUCUGUUUUACUAACAAGAAUAAAUAUGGCUUGUUUUUUUUCCCCUCCUUGCUAUCUUUUUGAUAAUUAUUGAUAAAAAAAAAGAAAAAACUGUCAUUCUUAUCUCAUGCAGGAGGUAGCUGCAAGGUAGCGAACACGGUGUAAAUAUGCAGUGUCUUCCAAUGUUUCUACAUGUUUUUGCAAAU